CCUCCUCCUCCCGCUCCGGUCCUCGGCCUCACUCCCUGCCAUCUUCCACCACUGAGAGAACUUUCAUCUGUCAGCGCAGCAGCGGACCUGUCCAGGCUCAAACAUGGCGUCAGGAGUAACAGUCAACGACGAGGUCAUCCGAGUGUUCAACGACAUGAAGGUGAGGAAGUCCUCCACUCAGGACGAGGUGAAGAAGAGGAAGAAGGGCGUGCUCUUCUGCCUGAGCGAGGACAAGAAGAAGAUCAUCGUGGAGGAGGGGAAGCAGAUUUUGGUGGGCGACAUCGGCGAGACCGUGGACGACCCCUACGCCUGUUUUGUGAAGCUCCUCCCCCCCAACGACUGUAGAUACGGUCUGUAUGACGCCACGUACGAGACCAAAGAGUCCAAGAAGGAGGACCUGGUCUUCAUCUUCUGGGCUCCAGAGAGUGCUCCGCUCAAGAGCAAGAUGAUCUACGCCAGCUCUAAGGACGCGAUCAAGAAGAAGUUUACAGGUAUCAAACACGAGUGGCAGGUCAACGGCCUGGACGACAUCCAGGACCGCACCACGCUGGCCGAGAAGCUGGGAGGGAACGUGGUGGUGUCCCUGGAGGGCAAGCCCCUGUGAGCGGGGCGGAGCCCACCGCCGUGCCAUGGGACGAAACACCUGACCGCCGCCGCUCGUUUGUAUCCGUGUCCUGAAGGAGUUGGCGUCUUUAGGCCUGGUUCUUCUCUUUUCUUGUCCUCUUUGCUUUUCCAGUACCAUGGAGAUCUCAUUAACAGCAUUAUAUGCAAGCCCCGCCCACUUUGUUGCCACAUGACUUCUGCUCACCGAGCAGGAAAAAAAACCCACCGGAACGUUCUCUCUCUCUCUCUCUCUCUCUCUCUUUCCCACAGUUUUGCCAAAAAAAAAGUUGACGUGAAGGACGCAGCUGCAUGAAACUCCGCCCCCUGCAGCACACGGGUUCAUGGCGCUUUUUACAUGAGUUUUAUUUAUUAUUGUGAACUGUUGUGUUCUCCAGUAUGUUCACACCAACACGCGUGUUCGACUAUGCAGAAUAAAUGGUAAAAGAUUCGUAGCAGCACUUUGAGUGGAACAACCUGAUCUGGACAUUUGUUGACCUCACUUCCUGUCUGUGGGACUCACCGCAAUUCUAGCUGUUUGGUCGUCGCCUUACUUUCAGUGUGAAUGUAACCGUCACGCCAGAGUUAGCUGAAGCGCACUUUUGUUUUGUAACCGAACACUACAGGUAGCAGACACGACCCCCCCCAAUCCCCCGCCGUGAUAGAAGACCCUGUCAAGAACACGACAACAUCUGGAGCCUUAAAAGUGGAACGUUGUUUCUGAGAUCGCAGGAAGCCACUCUGCAAUAAAGGCCUGUGGCAGAUCUGA